GUAAAUACUUAUCAAGGUUAAAGGUAUGUAUGGCAUGUUCCUACGUAGGACGUUUGUCACACUAGCCAGCGGGGUGAUUACUGGGUGCCUACCGCGGACACCGGAAUUCGCAAAUUGCGGGGAUCUUUCUCUUUUACUCUCACUAAGACGUAAUUAGAGUGACAGAAAAAUGCCCGCAAUUGACGAACUUCGAUUUUGAGUUAUAUAGCCCUGAGCGUCCUCAUGACGUGUGCGCGGUUACGCAGUGUGUGCAUCUUCGAUGUGACAAAUUGGUCGCAUGGGUGAGUCGAUUGCAUUUAUUUUAUUUUAAAAAAAAUUGUGGAAUUCGCCCCUACGAAGAAAUAGGUAUUUUGUAUUUUUAAUACAAGUAUUUCAAAUAAGUCGCAUCUCUGGUACAGGUAAACAAUACAAUACAAAUAUUAUUUAUUGCUCACCAGUAGGAAAAAGAACAUGAUAUACAAAUUAAGCACACAGCUUAAAUUAUGGUAGACAACAGGCAGUCUUAUCGCUAAAGAGCGAUCUCGACCAGACAACUGUGAAUUACAUUAACGGCGUUCAUCACAUACCUGGCGGGGCUGGUGGGUGUGGUGUCGUGUCACGGCGAACUCGCUGUGAACACGCUCAUGUGAUCGCAUCGCUCGUUAUGUGAUAGAGCCCUUACGUAUACUUACUUACCUAUUCACACGUUUGAGGCUCCCACACUAUUUAAAACAAGAAACAUCGCUACUUAGUGUAACAAUUGAACAAUUGAAACUAAACCAAUAAUUAUAUUAUAUAUAUAUAUAAAACUGAAUAAAAAUAUUUUUCACCUUGAUUCACGCCGAGCGAGACAAUGAUACAUACUUGAUCAAAAAUCAAAAUAAUGAUUUCUGUGAAAUCAGUGUGUCAAGGUGCUGAUACCGAGCCCGGUAUAAAUGAGUACAAGGAAAAUAUCAUAUGUAUCGCAAUAAUCCGGCAGUCUCGAAAUGAUCGCCGCCGCGUUUGUGUGUGUGCUGGUGUUGGGAGCGGGUGCUGGCGCCAGUGUGGACGUUAAAGAAGAAGAUCUCAUCCCGAAACUUAGAUUUUAUUACAGCGACUUGGAAAACUACUUGGAGCUGCCGCUGGAGACGGCGGAACGCAUUCUAUCGACACCAUGGCAUAAUACUUCGCGCAUCAAUGUCAUCUUCGUUCACGGCUUCACGGGUAAGCCAACUGGUCCGGCGGUGACGGCGCUAAUGAGCACGUUCCUGGAGCGCGAAGACAGCAACGUAGCUCUACUGAACUGGCAGGGGCUGGCAGCCGCCGUGGUGUCGAACUUUACCGAGUCUUAUCUUAAAUGGGCUGCGCCUAAUGCUCGGAAGUUGGGCCGACGUCUUGCGGACACGCUGGCGCGGCUGUCCGUAGCGGGUCUGCAGCUGGAGCGCACGCAGCUGGUGGGGCACUCGUUGGGCGCACACGUGCUGGGCCUGGCCGGCAACGCGCUACGCCAGGAGGGAAUGCUAUUGCCCUGGAUAACAGCCUUGGACCCUGCAGGCGUGGGGUUCAAGGGCAAACCUAAAGCGGGGCGGCUUCACGCCGGCUCAGCAGCAGUGGUUGUUGCGGUGCACUCCGACCCUCACAAGUAUGGAUACCGGCGUGCCUUGGGAACGGUGGACUUCUGGCCGAACUACCACCCCAGGACUGUGCGCCAGCCCGGCUGCCCGGUGAAGACGGGACAGAGAUUCUCACCUGAAGACUUAUGCAGCCACAACCGCAGCUGGCAGUUAUUUGCAGAGGCCGUGGCGCGGCCCGGCACACUCAUCGGCAGUCGUGCGACAAACUAUAGAGAGUGGAACUAUUAUUCCACAAACCAGAGGAACGCGUCUACGCUAGAUUUGGACGCCUACGGAAAGAAAAUCGUUCCGGGGAACUACUACUUCAUCACGUUGGGCGAGCCGCCGUUCGGCAUGGGCGAGGCCGGAUUCUAAUAAGAUCAUCAUUAUGGACGAUUCAAACGGCUCGAGUCCGACUGCGUCUAACGAGAGUCAAAGAUAUUUAAUAAUUUGACCUUCCUACACAAUUACUAUCGUCGGCACAGUUCCCUGCCAAUUCUUAUAAGAAAGAAUCUAUCGCAACGUGCAAAGAGGCGACGCAUACAACCCGUUACGUUCAGAUUUGAAUUCAGUUGUGCGUUGUGUCUGGUGUCUCUAGAGUUGGGCGUAGGUAAAGCGGCAGAAUUCCGCGCUAAACGAGCACUGACAAGUUUCGUAAAUUGUACGCAGAUUUUCACGCAUUUGAGAGACUGACAACGAAAGCGGCAAGCAAAACUGCAAAGUACUUAUAAAAAAAAAUUAAAAAAUAGUAAAGAUACGAUGGGCCUCCUUUGGUGCAUGUACAUUUAUGUACGCGUACUCUAUGUUGUUUAUAUUAUAAUCGCAACCUACAGAAAGACGCGAAAAAUAAAACUAGCAACCGAUUAUAAACUGAAAUAGAUGUCAUAUAGGAAAAGCGACCAAGCCAAGCCAAGUGAAUCGAACCAAAAGCACCUAGCCUAAGCCUUCCCAGAUUGCAUAUAGUUCGUGAUGUCAUCCACGACGACGCGCAGAUUUGUCAAAUCUAACCUUUAAUAACAUGACAAUUCGAGUCAAGGCACGCGUCUUCAUGAAUGACACGAUCUAAGUAUAUACUCGAGGUGAUCGGGUGGCCUUGAGACGUUAGGAAUGUAUAAAGCUGCAAUGAAGACGCCUGCCUCGGCCACUGUAGGGCUGGGUCACUUUUUUAGAGUUCCGCACCCAAAGGGUAAAACGGGACCCUAUUACUAAGACUCCGCUGUCCGUCCGUCCGUCCGUCCGUCUGUCACCAGGUUGUAUCUCAUAAACCGUGAUAGCUAGACAGUUUAAAUUUUCACAGAUGAUGUAUUUCUGUUGCCGCUAUAACAACAAAUAAGUACUAUGAAGUACGGAACCCUCGGUGGGCGAACCCGACUCGCACUUGUCCAGUUUCUUUAUUAUAUGACAUCUAUUAUACAAUUAGUUAUUUUGUAUCAGUAGUAUGACUACCUACUUAUAAAUUAAAAUCAAUAAAAAUAAUUUGAUUUGUUCGGUAGUUGUACCUACCGAUGCUCUGUGAACAAAAUUAAAUAGAGUAAAAAUACUUUUUAAUUAUUAAAGAUACCAAGUAAAGCAUGGUUCAUAUAGAAUUGGUAAGCACUAGAAGAUUGUUAUUUUUUUAAGUAAAUAAAAUAAGAAAGUUAUGAA